AUGGUCAAGGCAAAGACGGAUCCAGGCGCACCCGAAGCGGUGCUCCAGCUGCUGACCCACGUAGAGAGUAUCCAGCUGGUUGCGCAGGAGAGCGCUGCUUCGGGCAGCAACGAGGUCACUCGGCUUUACCUCGAAAAGCCCCUCUCGUUGCUCCAACAAUGUCUCGACCUCACCUUGGAAUCUCCUGACGAGCUUUCUCCUUCGUUCAAAUAUGGUCUCGAUGCGCUUCGUCUCUGGGCAUCACAUCUGGUCAGCCUUCUUUCCCACCCAUCUGCGCUUAGUCUCCAGGUCAGCACAAAGCAGCAACUCUUGCCCGCAGAGCAUCAGCUCAGCCUUGCCGAUGUGAUCUGGUCCGCCUGUCAUUCCGAACGCACACAAGUGUCAUCCCGUUCCAAAGCCGUUUUUGAGGCUGUGAUUGCCUUGCUCGAUUCUAUAUACCAAUCAUCUUCGCCUAGCUCCGAUGACAAAAAAUCCGCAAAGUCGCCCUUGGCGUAUCCUUGCGAGAGCGUCUUCCUCACUACUUUGGUUGAGCGCUCCCUGUCACAGUUGCAACGCAAGCAGUCGCCCAUCGUUCUCGAGAUCAUCAUGGCCAAAUACGGCUCAGAGCCCUUCCUAACCGCAACUCCUGGAGGCGCCCCUCUAGCCGAUUCUGACAUCUACGAUCGCAUGAUUCGCGGCCUCGGGACUGUUGAUGGCGGCGCAAAUAGGAGGUCCAGAUUGGCGCUCAGCUUUCUCGCGGCCAGGGCACAGGAUUUGCGCUGCCAUCUCGCUUCCUCAGCCAAGGACAAUCUCGCAGACGCUUCGAAAGGACAAGCUUGGCAGUCAUGGAUUGGCAUUUGGGCUCAGCCUUUGAAUCUGGCCUUGCAGCACGGAGGAGAACGAUUGAGAUCCGGACUAGCAUCAUAUCAUCUCGCUGCACUUUUCGAUCUGGACCAGCGCAUCUUUCCAACGCUUCUCGACAGCCUCCUCUCCAGUUCUGUGCCGCAAGACGAGAUCAAAAUCGAGAGCGUCUUCCUGGUGCUUCGUAUCGCAAAGGUGCAGGGGCUUUGCCGCAUCGACAUUGCUUCCGACUUUGCUACAGAAGAGCGGAUCGAUGGUCAGCCUUCUCAAGUGAUCGUUCCUGCGUCGUUGCUCAAGGAUUGCAUCCUGGCAGCUGCAAGUGAGCUCCAAAUCGCUGCACUCUCGUUGGUCAUCGAGUCCAAAACACCAGCUGCGCCGCUCACCUCUGCCGAGUUCGACAUCCUCCGCACCUUCUUCCCCUACAGCUUGACCAUUACCAAUCCAGCAGCGAGAGGCGAGCUGCGCGGCUUCUUUGUCAAGCUGCUCACACGACUGCGCGCAAGCACCUAUGCUCUCGCUCGAGACCUGACCAAGAUUACUCGAAUCGCCGAGGCAGAAAGAUAUCCUGAGGAAAGCGAAAAGCUAGCUGCGAUGCAGUCGUCCCUGGACGCAAGCCAAGACUUUUUGGAAUGGAUGGUUCAGCUCGUCCGCGCGACGCUUCAUGCAGGCGCAUCGUACCAAGCCAGCAUCACCUCACUCACCUUUCUGGAUCUCAUCUUGGAGAGUGGUGUAGACCCAACAUUUUCCAACAAUGCGCUGGCAAAGCAGCUUGAUGCGGCUCUUAGCAAGAAUGCGGGCAUGUCGCUCAACAAAUCAAAGCAAGUGUUUUCGCAAAAGUUUCCGUUCAGCAUCGAUCUGAUCACACCCUCGCUCGUCAGGCUGCUCCUGUCUUGCUCGGAGAUUUCGUACGACGAUAUUCAAGCACGAGCGUUGAGCAUGCUGUCACGCUUCCCGGCUCCAUUGGCAGGUCUCGAGACGGUCGAGGCAGCAGCCACACGCAUCCUUGGCCGUGCUGCUGAGCUGCUGACCAGCACGAGGGACUUUGAGUCGGCGGCUGCAUCCAAGUUGAUUCAGCUGUAUCGACAAAUCUACAUGCAACAGCUCGGACAUCGACCCGCCUCCUUGUUGUCAUUUGUCGGUUCAGCUCAAGAUAGCCCGUCGCGGGUUUGCGCCAAUGCCACCCUCUCGCUGAUCUUUGACCUCUUCGACUUUCUCGACCACCAGAUUCGAGUCGCAGAGCAAGCAAAGAUUCUCGAAGCGGCCACUUCUCAUCCUCUGCAUGGAACCCUUGUCACUUUGCAGGAGCUUUUUGCGACCAUCUCUGUGCACUCGCUGGACCAGUCGGAUCUUCAGUCGUUCCGAGACGCAGUGUACAGGGCACAUGAACUCAUCGACCGAGUGUGGCAGGUCACCAAGGCAGUGCUUUGCAACUCGGCACCCGAAGGCAGCACCGAGGCGAACGAUGCAAAAGACGCCAAUGUUGGUCUCGACCAGCCCGCCUCUCAUGAGACUGCUCUCGCGAUGCAGGCAGCUGAUGGCGAUGCAAAAGCAGCUUUCAUGCAUCCGCAAGAGGAGUCGAAUGCAGGACCGAUGCACCAAGUCAUCCUGUCAUACUCGUGGAGAGGCAUGAAAGAGGCAAGCGCUCUACUAGGCGUCCUUGUUGCCAUUGUUCUCGCAUUGCCUCCUUCUGUGCGUGGCAAAAAGGGGCCCGAAGCCGCUUCUCCAAACCACGCAACUGAUAUCUGGCGAGAGAUUUACAGCAUUCAAGCCAUCGAGGCAGUAGGUCAACGCUUCAACAUGUGGCUUACUCAGGUUCGCCAUCGAGGCGCUUUCAGCACCAUUUACCCUGCCUAUUGCAAUGCUGCCUCGGCCAUCGUUCGAAGCAAUGCCUCCGAUAUUGCCGGCUUGCCACAGCAGUGGAUUUCCGCCUUUCUGGAUACAGUGGCGCAGUCUGGCUCGCAGCUCAGCAUCACACGCCGCAGUGCUGGUAUUGGAUAUGCCGUGCUUGCCCUCGUUAGCGCUCAGCCAAACAAGUCGGAUGCUUCAGUUCUCCGGUCGACGGUCAGCCGCCUUAUGCAGAUCGCAUCGCAAGAUUCGUCCCAGCUGGAUGUGAUGCCGGUCGCAUCGAUUCAUGCGCUAAACAUCUUGAGAGUCCUCGUCAUGGAUGGGGGACUGACGGACCACAUGUCUCCUUAUCUUGGCUCACUUCUUGAACUGACCAUCAGUAGGUUCCGCUCGCGAUUCUGGGGCUUGCGCAACGUCAGCAUGAUGCUCUUUUCGUCGUUGAGCAUCAAGAUUUUCGGAAGCAGGAACACCAACAAAGACACCAAGGACGCGCGUAUGCCCGUGGACGAAUUUUUUGCCGCCUAUCCCAACCUCGACGCUUUUCUCCGACGCGUCCUCAGCGACACUAGCACGGAGGAUGUAGAUGGCGAUGACGGCUCAGAAUCCAGCCUCUUCGCUGUGGUCAUGCUCUUCAGCAGGAUGCAGGCACCCGAGAACGAGCCGGUAAGGCAAGACGAAGCAAGGAGAAUGCAAGUUUAUCGUACGUCGUUGUCCAAGUGCCUGACCAAUAAGGUCUGGAAGGUGCGAGAGGUAGCAGCAAAGGCGUACGCUGCUUUCGUGCCUCUGAUAUCCGCGGCACAUCACGCAAGCGUUAUCCUCGAAACUAUCGGACUUCAUUCGCAAAACGAGGUGCAUGGAAAGCUCUUGUUGCUUCAGAGGCUGUUGAAAAGCGUUGAAGAUGCAGUAGCGCCCACGGCCGCCCUAGCGAAUGAUGUGGCGCUCCUUACCGAAACCAUGACCGUGAAUGCAAGCAAGUUGCUCGAAAGGAACCGGUGUGCCAUCACGCAGGCGGCAUUCCUGGAAGUGGUCCAAGACCUGGUCGGGAUUCGCGAGGCUGCUUUCCUCGACGCUGCCCAGCACCUCUUACGAGAAGUGAUGAUCUGGACAUCGAUGCUGCUUGCGGAUGCAGAGAGACCCGACGUCUUGGCCAAAAUGACUUGUUCGCCCGGAGGGCCCGCCUUGCUCGGCGUCUGCACCCGGCUGCAAUUGCAGCUAGCAGCGAAAGGUUCGAGCUCCGACUCUUUCCUGGAGGUUUGCGGCAAGCACAUGGCUUUUGCGUCACCAGAUGUGCGGAUCGCUUGUCUCGAGGCACUCAAUGGAGACGACGGCUUUAGCGCUCUCCAACAAUCAUCGCUCCGACAGCCUGAGCUCGUACCUUGCUUCGUUCGCAAGCUUCAUGCUACAACACAAGAUGAGGAGGAAGGCAUUUGGCAUCGUGUCCAUUCAGCCACAGUUCUGCACCAAAUCGCCGUUCAAUCAGAUAACCAAGGUGCUUCUUGGCUCAAGAGCGUCUUCACUCAAGAUACACUCAUUUCAGAAACCACCUCGGUCGCCCACAGUGUACGCAGCACCGUCUGCGUGCCCUUACGGGAAGCGCUUCUCCCUUACCUCUCUGACCUGUGCAAGUUGUUGACGGUUCGGGAAACUCACGGUAAAGGCGUACAAGACAUUUUGCAGCAAUGGUCUUGGGCCGUGACCAGGUGCGCAGAUGACUACGCAUCGGUGCAAUCGCGAGAAGCGGCCGUCGAGGCGUUGAGUGUGCUAAGGUCCAUUCUCUUCCCCGCGAAGUCUGCAAAGUCGUCGCGGUUGCACGACGCAACUGAAUCUGCGCUGUUCAAAGCUCGAAUUGCGGCUAUCGACCUGCUCACCGACGACGAUGAGGAGGUUCGCGCUGAGGCUGCCGCCAUGAUUGGCGAGACGGUCUCGGCGCCAUCGGAAUACUCGAGCGGUGCUACAGUGACACGAUGCGAAGCGAUGCAGCAACUGGCACGACGUGGGGGAGCUAGUCCGGACGUAUCUACCGACCGAGCGUGGAGCUGGAUGGCUGCUUUCCAUGCCUCAAGGCAAGUGGCCGAUCCUGCCAAUGCCUGGGACAAGUACGUUCGAGACCAGUUGUUCUGCUCGACAGUUGCGAUGGACCAGUCGUUCGAUCAAGCCCUGUCGACCAAUACGAUGUUGUUCGCCGAGGAAAAGCCGAAUCAGUUCCGUGAUCCCGAGGCCAGCCUUCGACGUGCCGCCAGAUUUAUCAAUCUCGGCUCACUUAAUUCGUCAGAGCGUGCAGAGAUUCAGAAACAAACGGGCAAGAGCCUUGUUCGCCUUGACAAUGCGCUCUCGAGCGGAACGAAAUUUGACCGAGUGGCCACACACAUGCUCGCCAUGCGCUUGUUGCUUACACGAAAGAUGCUUGGCCAAGCCAACGAAACUGCUUCUGGGGCCGAUCGAGCGGCAGAAUCGAUUGCCACAAGCCUGGGAAUUGACCUCUCCUCGUUGGGAUUACACGUGCCGACGGACUCGAAGGCGGAAACGAUGGAGACGAUUGAAAACUCGAAUGCGAGCACUCAGCCUCGCUACAAGAUUGCGUGA